AUGGCUCCACGAUUUAUUAAGGAAUUACCUUCUUCAAUGCGUGUAGUUGAAAAUUAUCAUGUAAAGUUGCAAUGUGAGGUAUCUGGUUCCCCUAAACCGACUUUGGAAUGGUAUAGGAACCACGUUAAAAUUGAAAGAUACUGGGAUCGAUAUUCAUUUGAAGGCGAUUAUGUUUUGGUUGUAAAUAAAACACAAGUUGGUGAUACUGGUAUCUAUACCUGCAUGGCUAAGAAUCGCCUUGGCUAUAUUUUCCAUGAUUUCGCUGUAAAUGUUGUAGGAUUUUCCUCGAAGAGCGAUAAAAAAGUUCCUCCGUCUCUUACGAAAGUCAGCUAUAAUCAUUACACUUUCAAGAGUGGUCAGAAAGUCCGAUUGAUAUGUCCGUUAUACGGAAUUCCCACACCUACUGUAAAGUGGACAUACUAUAACGGCAGUCGAAUCGUAAACCAUAAAGAUUUGGAUAACCUUAAUAGUAACGUUUAUAAAACAAGAGCAUCCUUGGUUAUACGAAGUAUUAAACCGAGUGAUUCCGGUAUCUACGUGUGUAACGCGAAGAAUAAAGUUGGUAAAUCCAGUUUCAACUUCACCGUCCGUGUUGAAGUGAGCGAUGGCAACCGACCCACUUUCAUCGUUAAGCCGCAUAAUGUUACUGCUACUGUUGGAAAUACAGUAAAUCUAACGUGCAAAGUUAGACCUAGAAAAGAAUGUUUAGUAAAGUGGUUAAAGUCCAUUGACGCUAGUAAGGUUAAGCAAGAACAAAUUGGUGAAAGUAUAUUUUACCUUCCAGAUCGCCCUGACUUAUAUUACAAGCUACUUCCGAGAAACAAUAGUGAUCAUUUGAUCAUUAGAUCCGUUAGACUUCAAGAUCAUGGCAAAUAUUUGUGCGUUGUCACUUGUUCAGGCCAUGAUAAGAUGCUGUCAGCUUUUGUUUAUUUAACUGUGAGCUCAAAAUUGGUCGGAACUGAAUCAGUUCAUCAAAUGUCAUCGAUCGAUUGGGGCGCUUCUGGGAACGGACAGCCAACUCGAUCACAACUACAUCAAACUGUAACGAAUAAUAGCACAAAUACCUCUUGCAAAGGUUUAAGUUGCAAUCUGCCUGGGCAUGUCUAUAGUCACUGCAUCUUAGGAUUGAUCAUUGGGAUUGUGUCUAUAGUUUCGGUUAUGGUCCUAGUGAUAGUUACAGGAACGUGGACUCUUAUUAGACACCGCUCUAAUAAGAUCGAGCGCGAUGUGGAAAAGAAAUGGGUAAAAGAUGUCUGCAAAUCGCCUAAUAAUUCACCUGCGGAUGUCUAA